AUGGUGCUCCCAUCCCUUAGACCAAUUGAAAGUGAGACACAAGAGGAGAAAAAUGGAUCGAGAUUGAGACCCAUCCGCCGCCCACCACUCAACCGGGCAAUCCCGACGAUUCCUGAGAGUAAAAGCAAUGAAAGCAUCAUGACACAAAAUUCGGAAAGGAAAGACUCAAAAGUGAGCACACCAAUUGAGGAUCGUUGUGUGAUUAUCGAGAACAAAAUGGCCGACUCGUUAACAUCAACGACAAUCUCCACAAUCUCUAAAAUCCCCCCGCCAAAGACGAUGCUCCCGAAAUUUGGCGGCUCAUCUAGAACACCGUCCACUUCAGUCAAUCCGGUCAGAAAUCCGAAAUCGAAAGCGGAAACCCCUCGAUCUCCAUUGAUGAGCGUUGCGCAUUCAGUGAGAAGUAAACUCAGUAAACUCGGCCGUUUGGGUCGAAGCGAAGAGGGAUCAUCGAUAAAAGAAAGCCGGAGUAUGAUCAGUAUGCGUGGUGCUCCGCGUCGAGGUGAGAGUGAAUCGAGCUACAAAAUGGCGAAAAGUCACUCGAUGGAAGCAUCCAGCUCGAAAGAUUCAAAGUUACGGAUGCCGUCGAAAAUCGGGGUUUUGCGAAAAAGCGCCUCCAGGGAAAUCGAAGAAGAAAAGAGGGGAAAAGAUGAGGAGAAUGGAGGAGAGGAUUCGUCGAUGGAAACAGAGGAAAAUAUAAGAAAAAGUGUGGCCAUUGUGAGGGCAACGUAUAGACAAGCACAUACAAGCAUCGUGCUCAGGGAUCCCACAUCCACCACCUCUACCAUUUUGGCUGUUGAGGAAACGAUCAUCCUCCCGACGAACGAGAUUAACAAACCGACCGAUUUGGGCGUACAAGAGAUAAACGAAAUGAUGAAGGAUAGCGGAGUGGUGGCUGGGUCACCCGAUGAUAAAGCCGAGGCGGCGGAUCUUUUUGGAAAGGAUGACGAGGGGGAUUUCGAGUUGGCACAGGAUCUUCUCGAUGAACCCGAUGAUGAGAUCCCAAUGGACAUAUCAUUCACCCCAAUGACUCCAAUGAGCGAAACAUCGACCCUUUACCUUCAACCAUUCGGUCAUCCCGAAGCUGAACUCCUCCGAUUGAAGCGAGUUCACGAAGAGCCGGAAGUGAUUGCAAAGAAGGAGAUUUUUCGGAUAAAAGCCGAGGUCGAGCCUCAGCCGGUGAUUCUCAGCGAGACGUCGACAAUCAUUUUGUCGCCUGAUGGAGAAGGAGGAGAAAUGAGAUUGAAGAAAAUUCAUUCAGAGAAAUAUCAAAAUGGAGAAGAAUAUCGAGCCGAGAAACCGGAUAUGAAUGAUAUUACGAAUGUGGUUAAGGAUAUUGCGAAUUUUUGCGUGGCUCCACAACGAACCCAUUCGAUCACCUCAUCUCAACCCUCAAUUCUCGACUUGGUGCCUGAGAAUCAACGAGAAUCCACACCGAUUCACCUCGAGAAAAUCCCAUCGAAAAAGAAACAAGAAGAGAUUACGACGAUGUUCAAACAAGUGGCCGCAUUUUGCAUGGCCCAACCCCGAACCACUUCAAUCGUUCCAAGCGAAACCUCGACCCUCUAUUUAUUACCAUUGGGUGACGAGGGAAAUGAACCGAUUCGUCUCCGAAAAUUGCACGCAGACGGAACGGAGACUGUGGCCGAAACACCCGAUGAAGUGCAGAAAAUGCUCAAAGAUGUGGCCGCUUUUUGUAUGAAACAACCCCGAACAAACUCAAUCUGCCUCUCCGAUGCCUCAUCUGUGCACCUUCUUCCAUUGGGUGGAUCGGGUGAAGAAGGGUUGAGAUUAAAGAAGAUUCAUGUCGAGAAAUCCCUUCCACAAACGCCGAUCAAAGAGAGAAUUGAGGAAAAAGACGGUGAUGUGCUUAGAGAUAUCGCCGUGUUUUGUUGGGCCCAACCGAGAAGGGAUUCGAUUGCGGGAAGUGACGUGUCAUCGCUGUGUUUGAUGCCGCUUGGAGGAGAGGAGAAAGUCUUUUUGAAGAAGAUCAAUUUCAUGAAAGAGCAAACAGGCGAAUCGAGUCCGAUUCGAGAGCUAGCGAGUCCGGAUGAUGUUGGCCAUAUCUUCAAUGAGAUUUCUGCUUGUUGCAUUAACGCGCCCCGAACCGCUUCAUUUCCAGUGAGCGACGCCUCAUCACUGUAUCUCGCACCAAUAGGUGAAUCUACUUCUCAAAUCGUGCAUCUAAAGAAAGCGGUGAAAGGAGAAGAAAAGGAAGAACAAGAGAUCGUUGUGCAACAAGAAUCGGUAGAGAUGCAGAAAUUACAAAAGACUCACGGAUUUUGCAUGAAGAAACCCGAAGUGGACUCGAUCGUUUUAAGUGAAACAUCGACUCUUUGUUUGCAACCGAUUGGAGAAGAAGGGAUGGUGUUGGAUGGAGAGCCGAUGUUGAGGUUGAAGAAAGUCCACAAUACAAAUGUGAUGAGGAAUCCAGAAAUGAGACCAUUUCAAAUAAACGACAGUGUGCUAACAAUCGAUACAACUCCAAUGAGCGAAGCAUCGACACUUCUUUGGGCAAAUGUUGGACGGGAAAAUGAAGAAGCGAACAUGUUGCGAUUAAAAAGAGUCAGAGAUGCGUUAGAGAAACAUUUGGAAGGGAAACAAACGAUUAAGACAAAGAAAGAUCCGAUCGUUUUGAGUGAAACAUCGACAUUGAUGUUGAUGCCGAUUGAUGAUGAACAAGCGGAACCAUUACGGCUGAAGAAAAUCCGAGACAAUCAACAAGUGAAUCAAUCGCCAAAGAAAGUUGAAGAAAAAAUUGAGGAGAUCAUCUCACCGUGCAGUAGCAAUGAAGCAGUGAGCACAGAAAGUAAUUUAGAGAACAUUGAACCGAUGAGUGUUAAGAAAGAACUGCCGCCAGUGUUCCAUGUGCCGGCACCACCGCCACGUGAAACUUUAUUAGUCGAACAUAAAGGGACAUCACCGUUGAAGAGACCAAAACAACAACCACCACCAAAACCCGAUGAAAAGACGAAAGUUGCGAUGGUGAAAGAGCAAAAGGGAGCAACAAAGCUGAGACAGAGUUUGUCGAUGAGAGAGGAAAAGGAAAAGGAAAAGGAACCAAAAGCGAAAACUCCGCGAACCCCGUUGAGCGCUCGGUCGUUGAAGAAUUUUCUUCUCAAAAAGGACAAGGUCAAGAUUACAAAGCCUCUCCCUACCUCAGCAACAAUGCCCCUCUCACCGAGACACAAUCUUUCGCUCAGAUUCCGACAAGAUGCUCCGUUAGCUGAAAGUGAAAGCACAGUGAUCGAGAAUUCGCCGCACGUCGAGUUUCCGCCAAUGCGAUUCGGUCAAUGGAAUGCGAGUCCAAGAGGGAGGAGACGUGCAUCCGAUCGUCCACCCAGUCAAUUAGCUCUAUUCGACAAAAACGGGAACAACAUGCGAGGGCCGAGGGAUAUAUCCAACACUUCUGUUCGUUCAACACAAGAGCCCGGGCUGAUCGAUGACGAGAUUCGCGAUCAACCAAUGUUGAUGGGCGAUUCGUUCUCCACAUCGAACAGCAUUGAUGGGCUUGCCGCUGUAACGAUGUUGAGAUCUUCUUAUGAACCCGACGCGACCACGAUAAUGUCGAUUGAUCGAAGCACGAUCGAUGAUCACAAUAAUGAACACCGUCGUUCCUAUCACGAUUCCCCGGCUCCUCCAUCGCAUUCAUCUGCAAAUCAUGGCCAUCUAAGCACGAUCUACUCACCACCGAGCAAUCAGAAGCAAAUCGAGGCGAGUCUUGCUGAGGUGGAAGCGAUGCGGGCUCAACUAGUCGCCCUUCAGUCAGCUCUCGCACAAAUGACCCCCGAAUCUCCGCCACAGAAUAAGCAAGGGCAAAUCGGUUGUUGCGAGUUGGCCCGGGAGAACGAUGUGUUGAGGAGGCAAUUGUCGGAAAAAGAUCGAAUCAUCUCACAAUUGAGAGAGCAAUUGGCGAUCACAAAGAUUACUCAU